UUCUCCCGAAUGGUCGAGGCAAUCGCCCCACGCGGCCACGCCACUCCCUCCUCCGGCUCGUCCCCUCCACUGCUGCUCUGCUCGCAGGCGGUAGAUAGAUCCGGCCGGCCUCACAGUACGAGUACGGCUCGCCAUUGACGACUCACUCGCUACAAGCAAGCAAGCAACGCCGAUCGAUCGAGAGGGCCAAGAGACUGAUUGGUUGGUUGGUUGGUGGGUGGGUGGGGGGAGGGAAAGCGGCGAGAGCGGCGGGAUUGAUGCGCGCAUGGCGCUGCGGGCGCGGGUGAUGGGGCCGCGGGAGCUGCUGCUGCUCUCCGCGGCCUUCACGGCGCUCCUCGUCGCCUCCAUCCUCCUCCUCCCGUCGCUCCUCCUCGGGGCGGGCGGCGCGGGGCCCGGCCUCUUCCCGUCGUCCCCCGCCGCCGGCGACGAGCAGCCGCCGCGGUACCCGGUCUCGUUCGCGUACCUCAUCUCGGCGUCCUCGGGGGACGCGGCCCGCGCGGCGCGCCUGCUGGCGGCGCUCUACCACCCGGCCAACACCUACCUGCUGCACCUCGACCGGGAGGCCCCCGCCGGGGAGCACCGCCGGCUGGCGGAGCUGGUGUCCGCGCGGGCCGUGUACGCGCGCGCCGGCAACGUGUGGGUCGUCGGCCGCCCCAACCUCGUCACCUACCGGGGCCCCACCAUGCUCACCACCACGCUGCACGCCGUCGCGCUGCUGCUCCGCCUGCGCCGCCGCUGGGACUGGUUCGUCAACCUCAGCGCGUCCGACUACCCGCUCGUCACCCAGGACGCUUGCUUGCUUCCAGACAUGAUGGAGGCGUUCGCCGGGCUGCCCAGGGACCUCAACUUCAUCCAGCACACCAGCCAUCUCGGGUGGAAGAUAAAGAAGCGGGCGCGGCCGGUGAUCCUGGACACGGCGCUGUACGAGGACGGGCGGGCGGAGCUCAUCCGCCCGGUGAACAUCACCACCAACCUCCGGAGGUUGCCCACGGCCUUCAAGCUCUACACAGGGUCGGCGUGGACGAUGCUGUCGCGUCCCUUCGCGGAGUACGUGACCAUGGGGUGGGACAACCUGCCCCGGACCCUCCUCCUCUACCACGCCAACAUCAUCUCCUCGCCGGAGUUCUACUUCCAGACGGUGGCCUGCAACUCGCGGCGGUUCCGCAACGCCACCGUGAACCACGACCUGCACUUCAUCCGGUGGGACAACCCGCCCAAGCAGCACCCGCUGCACCUCACCGCCAGGGACUACCGCCGGAUGCUGCUCAGCGGCGCCCCCUUCGCGCGCAAGUUCCGGGAGGGCGACCCGGUGCUGGACCGGAUCGACCGGGACAUCCUGCGCCGGCGGGGGCCCGCCCAGUUCGCCUACGGCGGGUGGUGCGCCGGGGACGGGGACGCCGUCGCGGCGCUGUGCGGCAACCCACAGGAGCCCGGGAGGAAGGGGGCCGUCAGGGCCGGCGCCGGGUCGCGCCGGCUCAAGGUGCUGCUGGGCAAGGCGCUCGCCCCGGGGAACCUACGGAGAAAGCAGUGUAGGUGAAAGAAACUGUUUGGAAUGGGCUUUUUUUAUUUAGGAAGAAGUCGAUUUUUAACCAUCUAACUAUUGUUCAAGUUUAGAUUUGACCAUCGAACCGCAAAACCAAAAAUGUUUGGCCACUCAACUCUUAAAACCGUUCAUUUUUUGUCA